AUCAAUACUCUAAUAUAGAUUUUGGCCUUCGGAAAUUUGAUAUUCCUUCGUCGGAAUACAUGUGGGGAAACCUGUGACUCUAAAAUAUAGUUUGUAACCAUUUUUUAAGAAUUAAAAAAAAAAAAAUUACACGAGUCUGUGACAAGACGGCAUGCAUGAUAAUCGUAAGGAUCGUAAGUGAUCAUAAGCGAUCAUAAGCGCCGUGAUGAAUAAUGCAAACGCAGAGUUUGACAUUUAAAAAAAUUAUUUACUUGUCAAUCGCGUCCAUAAUGUGUCACUACUGACAGUUUUAAAACUCUAGAUAAUUGUUUAGGAGCUACAGUUAAGGAGUGUGAAAUUAAUUUGGAAAUCACGCAUGCGACAGAAGGAGAACCAAUUUUACCAUGCUGUCAUAAUUGCUAAUCGUUGUUAAAUCUGUGACCUGUCCACGUAUCAGGAAAAACGCUGAUUUCUUUGUUAAUUUAUGCGAUAUGGAGAUCUCAUAAAGAGGUAGGCAAAACAGGUACAUUGAUUCAGAGCAGGAGAAUGGAUGAAGUAAAGUUGGAGCCUGAUUCGGACAGUGAAACAGAGCCAGCGUCCACUCUCUGUGAAACAGAAUUCAUGAAUAUACUAGAAGAUUCUUCCAGUGUCAACAGCUCAGACAUCUCAGGUGUCUCAGAUGAGGACAUUAAAGCACAAAUUAUGGAGGGAACUGAAGCACAGAAAAGGUGGAGCAGAGCCAGGGGUGAACAAAGGGGUACCCGGCAACAGUACCUUGGUGAAAUGGAAACUGUGUACAUAAAGCAGGAAGUAAGUGCCGGAAGUACUGUGAUAGAACAGGGUGCUGUUGCUGAGCAUGUGAGAGAUUCCAGUUCACUGGACUUCACACAUCAUUUCUCAGAUAAGGAUGAAGAAUUGUGUUCAGGGAACAACAUAGAAACAAGCAUGAACCAAGAUAUGGGACAUAUUGUUCAGAAUGAACAGUUUGGUAAUGUAACAAGUGACAGUAAUGAAGUGCAUGAUGAUUCAUGCUCUGUGACUGAGGAUAAUUACUCUAAUCCUGCUAUGUUGCCAUUUAUUUCUGCAGAUGAUCGAGGGUUCAUCGGACACUUUAGUGAUCUUCCUCAUGUUUGCUAUGUGUGUAAUAAAGGAUUUGGAAAUCGAGUGAAUCUCAGAAGACAUUACCGUAUACACACAGAAUAUCAAAGGUAUGACUGUAAAGAUUGUGAUAAGAGUUACAGACAUAUGAUAGAUCUCAAACGACAUGUGUUGAUUCAUACUGGAGAACAGCCUUAUUCGUGUGACAUAUGCUCAAAGAGUUUCAGUAGGAUCACUCACUUGAGGGACCAUACACUGACCCACACUGGCGAACGCCCUCAUGUAUGCAAAAUAUGCUCCAAAACCUUCAGCCAGGCCAGUAACUUACAGACACAUCAACUUACUCACACUGGUGAACGCCCUCACGCUUGUCCUGUGUGUGGGAAAUGUUUCUCACAGCGAGCAAAUCUUCAAACUCAUUCUAUAUUACACUCCAGUACACGGCCACAUGUUUGUAAAUUAUGUGGCAGAGGAUUCAAUCGGCGCAGGGACCUUCAGAAUCAUUGUGCCUCACAUACUGGGAAGAGACCACAUGUGUGUUCAGUAUGCAGCAAGACAUUUGCGUUACUUGAUAAUCUGAGGAAGCACUCGAUUCUCCAUUCAGGUAAACGCCCAUAUGAAUGUAAGGAUUGUGGAAAGACAUUUGCCAAAAAAUAUGAUCUCAUUAGACAUGCACAUCGACAUAGUGAAGAUUGUAACCAAGACAAAUAGAGGUAGGUGCUUUGGUGACUUAAUGCUUAUGAGUUUGGUCAUCUUUGCAGAAUGAACUGCAAAGUAGUGUAACAUGCUGCAUUUUGUUUUUGCAUACUGGGGGGUGGAGUCCAGCUGGGUCCACUUGGCACUCAUUGGUCUAGUGUACCUGCCCCGGGUGAUUAUGAUGG